GUUUAUAUUUUCAUCCAUCAUAAUCAUCAAAGCCGACAAUAAAGAUGAUGAUGACAAUAAAUUACAAGCGGUAACAGUACCAUUCGUACCACCAAUUUAUAUUCGUGGACCAUCAAUAGAACAAUAUAUUGAUUCAAUUUUACCAAUUGAUUAUGAUCGUCAAAAACGACCAUUGAAUCCAUAUACUGCUGAUAGUGAGUACCAUAAUUUUAAUGAUGAUGGAUGUAUGUAUGACUGAUUGUAAAUGCAUUCAUAUUUAUGAUUUAUUAUUAGCGAUUACCAAUGUAUCGAUAUCGAUAUUUGUCAAUGAAUUAAAAGAUGUCGGUGAUGUACAUCAAAACUAUGAACUUGAUCUUACACUCAUACUUGAAUGGUAUGAUCCACGUAUACUUUCUGAUCAAAUUGAUCUUCAGGUUAGCAUCAAUGAAGAAUCACUCAUACAAAAAUUCUGGCUACCCGAUCUGUUCAUUGUGAAUGCACAAUCAAUAUCGGUUAUUCAGGCGGUAAAUCCGAUUCAAAAAUUAACCAUCACUGAACGUGGUAUGAUGCAUUAUGUACGACGAUUAGAUGCACAGCUACAAUGUUCAAUCAAUUUAGAAAAAUAUCCACAUGAUCAUAAUUAUUGUGAUAUCCGUUUUUCCACUAUAUUACACAAUACAAGUGAAAUAUUCAUAUGGAUUAAUCAUUUAAAUAUCUAUCAGGAUGAAUAUCCACAUUUUCGUGUACGUGAAUGGUAUACUUGGGAUUCAUGUGCUUCAUAUAAUUAUCCGAUACCGGAAAAUCCAUGUAUAGUUGUGACGAUAAAAUUAGUUCGUCAUCUUAGUUACUAUGUAAUACGUUAUUAUUUACUCGAUUUUCUUGCCGUUAUCGUUAGUUUUAUUAGUUUUUGGAUUCCGGUUAAUAUGUGGCCUGCAAGAAUUGCUCUUACAGUCAUACCGUUAUUGAAUCUAAUCACACAAGAUAUAUCGGUUAAUAAUGAAAUACAAUGUAAUUAUGUAACAUCAUUCCAUUGGUGGAUGAUGUGGAUUCAGGGUAUUAUUUGGGCCGUCAUAGCUGAAUAUGCGCUGGCACUGGCAUGGGCACAUUUUAUUGCAGAUAAAAAGAAUCAUCAUAAAAAAUGGAAAGAACAACAGGAUCAGAUUGCCGCCGGUAAUAUAUCAACGAUAACGAAUCCAUUGAAACCAUAUUAUGAUGGUUAUUAUUUCGGUAAUGAUAAUUGGUAUAAAAAAUGUGGCGACUUUUUCGAUCUAUUUUUAUUCUAUUUCUAUGGUGAAGUUGAUUUUCAACGUGAUCCAUAUGUACGAAAUAAGAUUGAUUAUUUGGCUAGAGUUUUGUUUUCAUUAUUAUUUUUUAUGUUUUGUAUGGUUUAUUCAUUGGCAACGGCCGCACCAUGGGCUGGCAAUUAUGACUAG